AACGUUUUAAUAUUACUAGCAACGGUUUACAGAUAUAGAUGGGAGAUAGACUUCGUCAAGUCAGCAGCGAUGAAAAUUAAUUUAAGGCCACCACGACAAUCCUCAGUUCUUCACCAAACACUUCCCUUGAUCAGCUUGCAAAAAUGAAAACUUUACAAUCUUUCGUCCUCCUAUUCUUCUUCAUUAUCUGUGAUAAUAUCACAACUGGAGUGUACAGCCAGUGUGUCAAAGACCAGCAACUGUCAUUGCUCCAUUUGAAGAAAAACCUUACGUUUGAUGAUGCUGAUGAUUCAGUGGGAUAUUCUCCGGUUUUGUCCAAGUUUAUAUCGUGGAAUUCAAGUACCGACUGUUGUUCUUGGGUCGGUGUUUCUUGCGGUACCAACGGGCGUGUUGUCGGUCUUGACAUUAGCAGCCAAUACAUCUCGGGUGGCAUUGACAGCUCCAGCAGUCUCUUCGAUCUUCAGCAUCUUCAAAGCCUCAACUUGGCCGAUAACCAUUUUGUUGACGGCUCUCUCAUUCCAUCUGCAAUCGGAAAGCUGACAAACUUGAGGUAUCUAAAUUUAUCAAAUAACGUUUAUUUCGGGAAAAAUCCCAUUGAGAUUUCACGCUUGACAAGGUUGGAGGUUCUUGAUAUUUCUCAACGUUACAAUAACGGGCGCCGCAAACCACUUGAAAGCCCGAAGUUCAGCAUGCUCUUUCAGAACCUCACAGAGCUUAUAGAGCUUUAUCUUGACGGUGUAGAUAUAUCAGUAGAGAAGACUCACUGGUGCCAAGCGAUAUCAUCUUCACUGCCAAACCUAAGGGUGUUGAGCUUAUCUCGAACUAAUCUUUCGGGUCCUAUCGAUCAAUCCCUCGCUAAGCUUCAGUCUCUAUCAGUGAUUCAAUUGGGUGGUUUUGGCAACAACAUCUCCGGUCCAAUUCCAGGAUUCUUUUCCAACUUUUCAAACCUAACGGUGUUGAACUUGGACGGAAACAAUAUCUCUGCUCCGGUUCCAAGAUUCUUUGCCAAUUUUUCAAAGUUGACUACCUUGAGUUUAUGUAAUUGUGGUUUACGUGGAGCAGUUCCAAAGCAGAUUUUUCAGGUACCUACUCUACAAACUCUUGACCUCUCCUUUAAUCCGGAACUUCAUGGUUCUUUGCCAGAAUUUCCCAAGAAUGGAUCUCUUCAAUCCUUGAUUUUAAGCGAGACAAGCUUUUCAGGGUUAUUGCAUGACUCUAUUGGCAACCUCAACAUGUUGUCCACACUAGACCUUUCCAAAUGCAAUUUCACUGGAUCAAUCCCAAAGUCAAUCGGGAACCUAUCUAAAUUGGUUGAUUUGGACGCGUCAUCAAACCUGUUUAAUGGUCCAAUUAGUUCUAUUCAUUGGGAAAACCUUAUUAAUCUGGUACAUCUCCAUUUGGACAACAAUCAACUGGUGGGGAGUAUUCCGUCAUCUCUGUUUUCUCUUCCCUUGUUGCCAGACUUGGUACUUUCCUAUAAUAAUUUCUCUGGGCAACUCCCUGAAAAUUUUAACGUCUCUUCUAGUUUAGUUACUUUCAUUGAUUUGAGUUUCAACAAUUUAGAAGGACCAGUACCCGUGUCUAUCUUUAAUUUUCAAGGGCUUGAAACCCUCACUCUUUCUUCAAAUAAUUUCAGUGCCUUUCCUUUUAAUGGUCCUCAUCAGCUGCCAAAACUUACGAGCAUUGAUCUUUCACACAAUAGCUUGCUGGUUUUAUACAAGGGCAGCAAUUCCUCAUACUCUUCAUUUCCUCAAAUUAUUGAUUUCAGUUUGGCUUCUAACAAGUUGAGAACAUUCCCAGUUUUCUUGAGAAAUCAAACUAGUUUACGAAGUUUGGACCUUUCGGAUAACCAAGUUCAAGGCCAACUACCCAAUUGAUUUGGAAGUUUGAUUCUCUCGAAUACCUAAAUGU